AUGGCCAGUCAGUCACAGGUGAUCCAGCAGCAGCUGCUGCAGGCCGAGAAGCAGGAUGCCAAGAAGGUGUCCAGGGCCCACAAGCAGAAGAACCGGAGGCUGAAGCAGCCCAAAGGAGCAGCUCAGGCUGAAAUUGAACAGCACUGCCUGCAGAAGGAGAAAGAGUUCAAGGCCAAGGAAGCUGCAGCACUAGGAUCUCACAGACCCAGGAUAACCAUCCUCCAGACCUACUUCCAGCAGAACAGGGAAGAAGUCUUAGAUAAUCUUUUGGCCUUCAUCUGCAGCAUCCAGCCAGAAAUCCCUGAAAAUUAUCACAUAGAUGGAUAG